AUGCCUCCAAUCACCACUAAGGCGCAAGCUCAUGAAAUCAUCGACAAGUAUGAAUAUUUUCUAUUUGAUUGCGAUGGCGUUUUGUGGCUUGGUGAUCAUCUCUUACCUUCAGUGAAGGAGACAUUGGAUCUUUUGAGAAAAGCUAAAAAAAAAAUCAUAUUUGUAACCAAUAAUUCAACAAAGGCAAGGUCGGAUUACGUGAAAAAAUUCGAAGGUAUGGGAAUACAAGAAGUGAAGAAAGAGGAAAUUUUUGGCUCUUCGUUUGCCUCAGCUGUGUAUAUUCUGCACAUUUUGAAGCUUUCGAAGAGCAAGAAAGUUUGGGUCUUGGGUGAGAAUGGAAUCGAAAAAGAGCUUCAUGAACUUGGAUAUUCAACUCUAGGUGGAACUGAUCCAGAAUUGGCAAUGACUGAUACUUUCGACGCCAAUGAUGAGCGCUUUAUGCAUUUAGAUAACGACGUGGGCGCAGUAAUUGCUGGGUUGACUUUCAACCUCAACUACUUGAAAUUAUCCUUGACUACCCAAUAUUUACUAAAGGACAAAAAAAGCAUACCUUUCAUCGCAACGAAUAUCGACUCUACAUUUCCCAUGAAAGGGAAACUCAUGAUGGGCGCCGGUGCUAUCAUAAACGCGGUGGCGUAUGCUAGUGGUCGUAAGCCUGAUGCGGUAUGCGGAAAACCAAACCCAUCUAUGAUGCAAUCCAUCAUGGCGGCGAAUCAAGAUUUGAGAGCUAACCCAAAGAAAGGACUAAUGAUUGGGGAUAGAUUAAACACCGACAUGAAGUUUGGUAGGGAAAACGGUUUGGAUACUCUCUUGGUGCUCACCGGAAUUGAGUCGCUGGAGACUUUGUCUGAACUUCCUAUAGAGGAGUCUCCAACAUACUACGCUAAUAAACUAGGUGACUUGUAUGAACUAUGCAAUGUCUAG